GCCAGUUCUGCAGCCCGCAGCUCGGUGCCCAGGACGCGGCGUGGCGGGGGGACCAGCUGACCAGCUCUACAGAAACAAGCAGCUUCAAGAUACUUUGCUUCAGAAGGAAGAGGAACUUGCUAGGUUACAUGAAGAAAAUAAUAACCUCCGACAAUACCUGAAUUCUGCCCUGAUUAAGUGUUUAGAAGAAAAAGCCAAGAAACUGCUAUCCUGCCAUGGCCAAAAAACCUGUGCUAGUCUCAAAAGCACCAAGAGAAGAUUAAAAGAGGACCACUGCUUUGUUCCUCAGGAAACUCCUCAUGCUUUCAAAGCUAGAAGGAACCUCUUUAAUGAAUUCACUGCCUGUGAAGAGCAAGCCAGCCCUACUGUGGACAGCUGGGUCUUGCAGACUUUAGGAUUAAAAGAUGUCAACACCAUUGAUGAAACUUCAGCUAACUACAGUGCCCUGGCCUCAGACCUUGGAAAAGACACGUACUGCCUGAGCCCUGGUGAAGCAAUAGACUAUGACCAGAGUGAAGGAGCGGCAGCAGCAUAUGGCUGUGGCCACAUGCCUCCAGCUAACAGCAGUACUCAUCCAUGCAGUGAGGACUCUUCCUUCCUUCCUCAGUUUUCUUCAGCACCAUGUGUUUCCUCAUCAGUGCCAAGCAUUUCCUCCCUCCCAACCUAUGGGUUGCCUUAUUUGACUAGCAAUUUUUCACCCAAUAAAACAGAAGUGGCCUUCACAACAUCUUUAAGUCCUCACCGCAAUGUGAGAACGCACACCUUCCACCAAGGACAAGCCUUCGUGCGCAGGGAUGAUGAUGGAGGAUGGAGAUUCACCUGGGUUCCCAAGCAGGCUGAAUAA